CCGGAAAUCAAACCACCAACACUGAUCCACAUUGUGUAGUGAAUGAGGGAUUCUUACCACACCGCGUGAAUGGCUAUUGUAGCUCCGUCUGAAAGGCUGGCCUUCUAAGACUAACAAAGAAAUCACAAGGUGUUUGAGAAAAGGAGUGAAGGCAAUCCAAUAGGAUCCGAUAACACGACAUCAGGUAACAGAUGAAGAGAUGUUAGGCUAGCGCUGCUGACCUUGAUGUACUGGUAUACCUUGUCAGGAACCCCCUCUGUCUGAGGUGAUAGAGAUGACGAUGGAGCAGACGUAGCCAGGUGUUACCAUGGCGGUGACACUAUGGCGGAUGUGUGGCCGUAUUCCAAAUAGUCGACAACUGCUUUUAUUGGCAUGCCUACUCUUCUUCUUCUGGUGUGUCACACUCUAUCGCAUGUCCACCACCUCGGGGGGAACUGAGAAGGAGAGCGAAAUCUUAAAGAAUGAAAUUAUCCAGUUGAGCGAAAAUUAUGUGCGAGCACUCGCCCGGGAGAAUUCUGAUAUCGUGGACGGCCCCUAUGCUGGGCGUUUCACAGCUUAUGAUUUGAAGAAAACGAUGGCAGUGCUGUUGGAGAGCAUGCUGGAGCGACUCAAUAAGUUAGAGAUUAAAAUUAACAAUGCUAUCAACGGGACCAACGGAACCAAUUCAAAUGUUACGAACGGUCAAUCAAUGCGCUCCAACUAUCAGUUACGGGCCGAAGAUUUGAUACAAGGGAAGGUAGAACAGUGUGAUCUCACAACACAGGAGAAACAGUUGUACCCACACUGUAAUACGAAAAUAGAAUGGAUGAAAGCAAUGUGGAAAUCUGAUCCCUGUUAUCAGUCGUAUGGGGUGGACGGAUCCAUCUGUUCAUUUGUGAUGUAUUUAAGUGAGAUUGAAGGGUGGUGUCCUACCAAGGCCUGGCGGGGAAACAUUAAACCCCCCAAGGAGGACAUGUCAAAGGUCAAAUUUGCUAAUGUUACAACAGAUUUACAAGCAUUAAUGAAAAUUCUGGUGGAUCCAAACGAGCGCCAGAGUUACGCAUGGAUUAGGAUGAGGAUACGUCGCCUCUGGGACAAGUGGACGGGGGGCAUCACAAGACUCACCAAGAAACAAAACCUUGAGGGCAGGCGUCGCAAAAAGAUACUAGUCCAUCUAGGGCUGCUGUCCAAACAGUCUGGCUGGGGCUUUGCUGAAAAUCAGUUCAAAGGAGGCCCGUUAGGGGAACUUGUGCAAUGGAGUGAUCUUCUUUCUACAUUGUUUAUAUUGGGGCACGACCUUAUCGUAACUAGUGAAACAGACCAGCUGGCUGGAAUUUUAUCAAAGCUGCCGGCUGCUAACUCGCCCUGUCAGAGCAGAGCGGACCUGCCUGUUCACAUCAUAUACACAGAUAUUGUAGGCCUCACUCAAUUCAGGAAGCAUGUCAAGGGUGGAUAUGCCAAAUUCAGGAGUCAUGGUUGCUUGCUGAGAAUAGUUGAUUCGUUUGGAACAGAACCAGCGUACAAUCACAGAGUGUAUGCUAAAGCUCACAAGUUGGUGACGUUCUGGGGCGGUCAGAAUCUUCAGCCCCAGCAGUUCUUUACCAUGUUUCCCCACAGCCCUGACAAUUCCUUCAUGGGAUUUCUGGUGGAGCAGCACCUCAAUGACAGCCGUGUACAGGACAUCAAACGCAGGGACCAGGCCGUAGUGUAUGGCAAGCGCGAGUAUAUGUGGGAGGGACGACAAAGAUAUCUGGAAGUUAUUAAAAAUGCACAGCUGGAUAUUCAUGGAACUGUUUACUUUGACCAACCAAAUAACAAUACACAGGGGAAAAAGUCCAAGUUUCCCAGCUAUGUCACUAACCAUGGGUUCCUGAAUGGAGAAGAUCUUCAUUAUCUUCUACGGCAGUCAAAGAUAUUUGUAGGGCUUGGGUUCCCGUAUGAGGGUCCGGCGCCUCUGGAAGCAAUAGCCAACGGAUGUGUGUUCAUCAACCCGCGAUUCAAGCCCCCCCACAGCAGCAAAAACACUCCCUUCUUCAAGGGCAAACCUACUCAGAGACAGGUGACUAGCCAGCAUCCGUACGCAGAGCAGUUUAUAGGAGAACCGUAUGUUUAUACCAUUGAUAUCAAUAACCUCAACGAAGUCAAAGACACAGUCGCCAAAAUUCUGGAGAAUAAAAAGUUUCAGCCAUAUUUGCCGUAUGAGUUUACAGAGGAGGGGAUGCUUCAGAGGAUGAAUGCCUAUAUUGAGCAUCAGAAUUUCUGCGAAUUUCAAAAACGGCCAGCCAAAUGGCCUCCGAGUUCAUCAAUCAAGUUCCUGCUUGGUGAACCAGACAAGUCCUGUCAAGAUGUGUGCUGGUCAAAGAGUCUUAUGUGUGAACCUAGUCAUUUCCGAGAGCUGAACUCUAUGGACCCUCUCACCAAGUACGGUGUGUCGUGCAAGUCGGGAAAAUCGAUGUCAGAUAUUUACUACCCCGCUUAUGACAUUAACACUGCCGAGUGUAUCAUACAAAAAGAGGAGAUACUGUUUAGCUGUGUCGGUCAGUCGGCCAGUCUUCAGCGCCUCUGUCCAUGUCGCACCUUCAUCAAGGGUCAGUCGGCACUGUGUGAGGAAUGUGUCCGGUGACGACGUGCUUAGAUGUCAGUCGGCAAGGUGUGAGGAAUGUGUCCGCUGACAACAUGCUUAGAUGUUAGUCGGUACUGUGUGAGGAAUGUGUCCGCUGACGACGUGCUUAGAUCUUCAUAUAUGAUAUAGAUUAUUGACAAUUUCUGUUAUUCCUUUUGCGAUGUUAACAAGUGUGUGAUGAAAACAAAAAUAUACAAUAUUUGUAAACAUUCACUGAUACGAUACAUUUCCAAUCUUAUUACUUGUAGCGUCGUGAAGUUUAGACAGAAAAAAAAUCAUUUUUCAUUGUUUCAUUUCUGACUCCAUGAAUCGUUAUUUUGUUACACAAGACGACAAUAUUUCUGAAACUGUACUGAUGUGUUUGUGCCAGCUUCUGUGUAUUCUGUAGUCGGGCAUGUAGAAAAUUGUAAUGGAAACAUGAAAGAGGUAUUUAAAACUUGUAGCAUUGUAAUGGAGAUAUUUCCAAUUAAAUGUUUUUUCUGUCAUGAUUUUCAGACAGAAAUGUUCAAUUUAUUAAGUGAUUUGAUCAUAAUGCACAGCUGAAUAUGGACAUUCUGUCUUUAUUGCCUUUAACAGUUUUCUGAAGUUGUCAUGUGCAAUGUCCUUGUCGAGGAUUUUUUAUCUUUUUAAUUUCAAAACCACUCACAUUUUUGCGAGUGCAUAUUAGAAAUCAACUCGCAGUUUUAGAAAGCUACUGGUUUUUAUUAUUGCAUUUUGAAUCCUUCGAUAACCGUUUUUGUUUUACAUCUUUAUAUCCAUCGAGAUUUUGAUGUUGGGUUGUUGUCGUUAUACUGCUACAUGCUCUGUCUGUUGGACUUGUUUUAUGGUAAAUAAAUGUUAAACAGUAUACCUUAUUUAAGUAUCCUCGGGGAGUCGUUUCAAGAACACACCUGCAGACUCUCAUUAACUCAUUCACCCCUGAAGACGCAUUUGAACUCUUCCAGUUCAAAGGUUGGAAUAGUUCAUUAUGAAAUUUCAAAGGGUGAAUGAGUUAAGAUUGAACCUGAUUGCAUAUGUACCGGGAAACUUUCGCAGCAGUUUCCCUUCUGUCUUUAAAUUAACGAGGGCAAAUUUAUCAUGACUGUGAAAGUUAGUACACAAUGUACUACUGUAUUUGCAGUAAUUAAGGCUCCUCCCCUUAUAAGGCUUAACUCCCUUUUCUGGGGCGAAUUGAAACUAUAUAGACUCCCUUCCAGUCCAGACGCGGCCCAAUCUACUAUUAAUGAUACUUACCCUUCAUAUCAGAGAUUUAUGCCCAGAAUCUGUUCAAGUGUGAGAGGGAUGAACUCUGUUAUUUGCGAUCAGUUCGAGCCACGCUGGAAUGUUUAUAAUAUCCUUUAGUGAUAACAACUGGUUGAAAGUAAAUUCUUCCAUCAUAUCUCUGAUUUUACUGUCCCAAUAAACGCCCCCUCCUCCCUCCAAGCCAACUUUUUAAGCACCUUAGGGGGGCUAAUAAUGGCAAAUUUGGUAUCAUAUAUAUUUAUUUACAUUUAAAAGGCGAAAAUAAACAGAAAUAAUAUGGAUUUUACAAAUGUAGGACUAAGUUUGACUGUGCAAAAGUUUCCUGUUAUUCAGUAUUUUUGUCUCUUUUCAAGUAUCCAAAAAAACAAAAUCUUUCAAACAUUAGAAGGUCAUUUUAACAUCGUGUUUUCAUCCCAGGACAUAGUCCUUGAUGUUGUGAACCUGGUUUUACUCCUGAAGUAGGCCCAAUUUUCUCCAGCUUUGAGAUGAUUUGACAUUGAAAUAGCCUUGUGAGUUCCGUUAAACAUUUAGUAUAAAUUGCCAUCAGAUGAAUGAAUAAAACAGAGGGUACAUGUACUUGAUUUAGAGACAAUAUUCAGAGACCAGGAAAAAGGAAUGCUUUUCACUGUGUUUAAAACUUGUUGUAUAUACCGGACAAUCUUAGAAAAUCUCAAGUACAGAUUGUUUCAACUUGUACUUUUAAAAGCAAGUUCUGAAAUGAUCUAGUAUUUGAUGAGAGUUUGAGGGCUUAAAGGCUGUGUUUAUCAUAUCAAGUCAGUAGAAGUUAUUAUGUCAAAAAUGCAAUCUGUACUGAUUUUAAACUUUUACACCUUUUUUUCAUUUUUUUUAUCAUUGAAAUUUGUAAAUGUGUUUUUAAAUGACAUUUGUUUGAUGCAUAAAAAUGUAUGUAAUAAAAAAAUUAACCAAAAUUAGUGUCAAAAUAUGAAAACAGUAUCUUUGAUUAAAAUGUCAUAAUAGAUCAAUAUCCAUUUAAUAUAUGUGGGGUUUAAAUUACAAUAUUGACAAAAUUAUCAAGGCAGGAAGCCAAAAUAGUCAGUAACAGUCAUAGGCUCCAAAUAACAUGUAAACAAGGUUUAAUGACCAUUAUGAGCGAGAGAUAUUAAAUUGUGUAGACUUUGCCUCAAUGAACUACAGUUACAUGAAUGUAUUUUGACAGUGAUGAGCGAGUGUAUUUAAAUUGUAGAGGAGUUCUGAGUGAGAGAUAUUGACACCCUGGGUUAGCCUUCAUAUUUAACUUGUAGAGGAGUUCUGAGUGAGAGAUAUUGACACCCUGGCUGUGUUACUGUGAUGAUGAGUAAAAGAUCUAGAUAUACUUAUAUUACUGCUGUACUUGUGAAGCAGGUUUUAAUGUUUUCUCAAGUGAGGAAAGUUUCACUGCUAACCAUUAGAUUCUUCUGUUAUCAACAAACACAAAUUAUUGAUACAUUUUUGUUCAUAUUCCCUGAAUCUGUUUAGAUUGAUUGCUGUUUUAUAUACUCUCUUUCAACUUUAUUAACAUUGAUUUAUGCCAUGCGCCAUCUUUUUCUAUGUUAACUUUAACUUUUGUCUUUAUGUAUCAAGAUACAAGUUAAUCAAAACCCACCGACAAAGUUAACCAACUUUACUUAUUUCUUCUUCUAGAAUCAUCGGGAGCAAGUCCCAAACAAAUACUACAGGACAGAUUCUAAUGAAACUGAACACGGAUAUAUACAGGCAGAUGUUAAUUAUCUUCAUUUUUAACCCUCACACCCAAUAUGGCUGCCAUGGCUUCCGAUUUGGCUGCAAAUUUUGGGGCUUCAAAUCAAUAUCUGUUCGACUGAAAUUUCUCAUUAUGUGGGACUGAUAUAUGAAGGUAUAAUUUAGAUUAAAAAAACCAUAUUUAAGUUUAGUAUUAAAGAUAUAACCUGUGAUGACAACGAUAUUUCAGACUAUUUAUCAAGUAUUGACCUUUGUUGAGGUGAACAUGUGGUUAUAUGAACCUGUGAAAAUAAAAUCAAGGUUAAUAUCACCUUUUUAGGUCCAUAUGACCACAUAAUCACCAAAAAAUUAAAGUCCUUCUUUGUUAUAUCAGAUGCUAAAUAACGUUUAAAUCAUUUAAACAAGAUAGAAUGUCUGCAAAUUUUCUGGAGGAAAAUACUGCAUUCGGUGUAGAGCAUGGUGACGUUACAAUUGAAGUGACAACAUAAAGUGAAUGUUUGACCUGCUGUUUCUAAAAAUAGCAAAAUAAAGUCAAUAUCACAAAUCUCUUACCUCCACAUGAUUAUGAUCCAACCAAUGACAUUGUUGGACAAGUGUGUGUAAGUUCUAUAGGGCCAUGUGUGUAAGUUCUAUAGGGAAGUGUGUGUAAGUUCUAUAGGGAAGUGUGUGUAAGUUCUAUAGGGCCAUGUGUGUAAGUUCUAUAGGGCCGUGUGUGUAAGUUCUAUAGGGAAGUGUGUGUAAGUUCUAUAGGGAAGUAUGUGUAAGUUCUAUAAGGCCGUCUUUGUUCUUUUGUAUAAUGUUACAUAUGCGUGGUAGGAAGUUGUAAAACCCUUGUUGAACGUUAGAUUCACCUGUCUGUACGGGACCGGAAUUGUUGUUUCCCUAAUUUCAUAGCUUUUUUUUUUGUCUGAUCAUUUCUAUUUUCUAAAGCAAUUCGAUGCAUAUGUGUAUCUCCAAAUAAAUUCUUUCCCCAGACUAGCAAAACCCCUAGUAUCAUUGUUCGAUAUUUUAUUUGUAGUGAAAUUUAUUUUCGAGAGAGUAUCGUAAUGUCAAUGUAAACAUAGUAUUGGGGAGAUUCUACCUGCAGGCCACUCUAAACAAAAAGUUGGCUAUGCAAAUUUGUUACCAUGGGAUGUACAGUUGUAUUUAUAGCUAUUUCCUCGUUUAUCAUUCGUAUAACAGGGCUUUCAAAACAUGUGAUUGUCAUGUGACCUGAAUGAAUAAUGAUCAAAUGACAUUGAAAUGGUAUCUGUUAAGUUUCCUCUUAAACAUGCAAUGAAGAACUGCCAUAUUUGACUGAUGUUGAAUAGUUGUCAAAAAAAUAUAACCUUAAUUGAUGUAAAAAUCAAGGUAUACCUCUGUCAGCCAUUUUCUUGUCUUGUAAGUCAUUAUGUGAUCCAGGCCUUCCUGGUGCUAUUAUUAUCAAUUUCAAUUGUUGUUUUAGCUAAAUCACUCGUAAAAAGUUUUCAAGUAAUUUACUUGCUUCGGGGAGGUAAUAUUAUUUCCUUGAAAGAUGAUGUGUUUUACAUUGUUAAAUGUUUCAUUGAAGUAUUGAGUCCGCUAGUAUUGACAGGGUGUCAAGUCCACUGACCUUUCCAGGACGUUUCGUCUCUUUUUACAGAGUAGCACCCGUCAAUCUGGUCACUUUAAGUUAUGUUAACAACUCAUUAUGUUGUGAGUCAUUUUGGUUUAAUUGACCUCAUUAUGUUGUAUGCCAUGUUUAGUGUUGUCAAGUAUGUAUACUGUGUUGUUUAGUUGAGUUGUAUGCUGUGCCAUGUUGGUUAGUUGAGUUGUAUGUCCUGUGACAUGUUGUUUAGUUGAGUUGUAUGCUGUGUUUAAUUGAGUUGUAUGCUGUGCCAUGUUGCUUAGUUGAGUUGUAUGUCCUGUGCCCUGUUGUUUAGUUGAGUUGUAUGUUUAGUGACAUGUUGUUUAGUUGAGUUGUAUGCUGUGUUAUGUUAAUACGUUGAGUUGUAUGUCCUGUGCCCUGUUGUUUAGUUGAGGUGUAUGUUCAGUGAUAUGUUGUUUAGUUGAGGUGUAUGUCCUGUGAUAUGUUGUUUAGUUUAGUUGUAUGUCCUGUGCCCUGUUGUUAAGUUGAGGUGUAUGUUCAGUGAUAUGUUGUUUAGUCGAGAUGUAUGUUCAGUGAUAUGUUGUUUAGUUGAGGUGUAUGUUCAGUGAUAUGUUGUUUAGUCGAGCUGUAUGUUCAGUGAUACGUUGUUUAGUCGAGAUGUAUGUUCAGUGAUAUGUUGUUUAGUUGAGGUGUAUGUUCAGUGAUACUUUGUUUAGUUGAGGUGUAUGUUCAGUGAUAUGUUGUUUAGUUGAGGUGUAUGUUCAGUGAUAUGUUGUUUAGUUGAGGUGUAUGUUCAGUGAUAUGUUGUUUAGUUGAGGUGUAUGUUCAGUGAUAUGUUGUUUAGUUGAGGUGUAUGUUCAGUGAUAUGUUGUUUAGUUGAGGUGUAUGUUCAGUGAUAUGUUGUUUAAUUACGUAGCAUGCUGUGAUGUUCAGUUAUGAAGGCCAGGUUAUGGUAUGUGAUAUGGUGAUAUUUGUAUGCCUAUUAUAUUUAUAGUGACAGUAAAUAUACUGUUGUUAGGGUACUGCUAUUUCUAUAUAGAU